AUGAAAACGAUGAUCUUUUCUCCGACCACCACCUUCCACCACCUCCGCUCUUCUCCGGCCACCCCUUCUCUUCUUCCUCCCCUCCUUCUUCCCUCCACAGGCAGUGUUGUUCUUAAAGGUCCCAAUUUCCAAUGCAAAGCCGUAUCAAAAUCUCGUACACAAGAAUAUCUUGAUGUACUUCAACAAAAUGGUUUACCAUUUAUCAACUGGCAAAAGGACAUCGUGGAGGAUGACGUGGACAACGAUAAGAUUUUGUAUUCUAGCGACGAGAUCAAGGGAUUUGUCGAGAAAAUCAAGGAAAUGUUGGAUUCUAUGGAUGAUGGAGAGAUAACUGUCUCGGCUUACGAUACUGCUUGGGUUGCACUGGUGGAAGAUGUUAAUGGAAGUGGCCGUCCUCAGUUUCCGUCAAGUUUGGAGUGGAUUGUAAACAAUCAACUCAUUGACGGAUCUUGGGGCGACCAUUUGAUCUUUUUGGCUCAUGAUCGGAUCAUUAAUACGUUGGCCUGUGUAAUUGCUUUAACUUUUUGGAACGUUCAUCCCACCAAAUGCCGAAAAGGAGUGGAAUUUCUGAAAGCGAACAUAAGCAAACUUGAGGACGAGAACGAAGAACAUAUGCCGAUCGGUUUUGAAGUAGCGUUUCCGUCACUUAUCGACAUUGCAAGGAAGCUCAACAUUGAAGUUGGAGAAGAUUCUCCGGUUUUGGAGGAAAUCUACGCAAGACGGAACCUAAAGCUCACAAAGAUACCGAAGAACAUAAUGCAGAAAGUGCCCACAACUUUACUUCAUAGCUUGGAAGGAAUGCCAGAUUUGGAGUGGGAAAAACUUCUAAAACUUCAGUGCAAAGAUGGAUCAUUCCUCUUCUCACCAUCAUCCACUGCUUAUGCACUCAUGGAAUCUAAAGAUGAAAAGUGUCUUCAAUAUCUCACAAAUGUUGUUACCAAAUUCAAUGGUGGAGUCCCCAAUGUGUACCCCGUGGAUCUUUUCGAACAUAUUUGGGCCGUUGAUCGUCUUCAACGUCUUGGGAUUUCUCGUUAUUUCAAGUCAGAGAUCGAGAACUGUGUCGAAUAUAUCUACAGGUACUGGACUAAGGACGGGAUUUGUUGGGCGAAGAACUCGAAUGUACAAGAUAUUGACGACACUGCGAUGGGAUUUAGGCUUUUGCGAAUGUAUGGUUACGAAAUUUCUCCGGAUGUGUUUCGACAAUUCGAAAAAGACGGCAAAUUUGUGUGUUUUACCGGGCAAUCAACACAAGCCGUCACAGGAAUGUUCAAUUUAUAUCGGGCAUCGCAAGUGCUCUUUCCCGGAGAGAAAAUCCUCGAGGAUGCCAAGAAGUUUUCGUAUAAUUAUUUGAAAGAGAAGCAAUCGACAAACGAACUUCUUGACAAAUGGAUCAUCGCCAAAGACUUGCCUGGCGAGGUGGGAUACGCGCUAGACGUGCCAUGGUACGUGAGCUUGCCCCGACUCGAAACAAGAUGGUACUUGGAACAAUACGGAGGCGAGGAUGACAUUUGGAUCGGAAAGACGUUAUACAGGAUGGGAAAUGUCAGCAACAACACUUAUCUUGAAAUGGCUAAAAUGGAUUACAACAAUUGUCUCACUAUGCAUCAGCGCGAAUGGAACACUAUGCAGCAAUGGUAUGCGGACUUCAAUAUCGGACGGUUCGGGAUGAGCAAUAUCACGAGUCUUUUGGUCGCAUACUACUUGGCUGCAGCCAGUGUAUUCGAGCCCGAAAGGUCCAAGGAGCGAAUCGCGUGGGCUAAAACAACCACAUUAGUCGACGCUAUCUCCUCCUUCUUUGAUUCACAACAACUCUCGAACGAGCAUAGAAGAGAUUUCGUCAACGAGUUCAGAAACACGCCUUCGUCCCUUCAUCCUGCCAAAUAUGGAAAACCGUGGCAUGGGUUGAUGGUUGCACUUCAGGGAACCCUACACGAGCUCGCAUUGGAUGCACUCAUGGCAAAUAGUGGAGACAUCCAUCCACAACUUUACCAUGCCUGGGAGAUGUGGUUGACGAGAUGGCAAGAAGGAGCGGAUGCGAUAGAAGGACAAGCGGAACUGAUAGUACAUACAAUGAACAUGAUCGCUGGCCGAUGGACAUCGAAGGAACUCUUCACCCAUCCUCAAUACCGACGGCUAUCAACAAUCACUGAUAACCUCUGUCUCGAAAUACUCCAUUCCGAUAACUCCAAGGAGAAUCGAAGGACAUGCUUCGGCAGUGAAACUGCAAACACGACAAGCGAAUCCAGAAUGCAAGAGCUAGUGCAACUUGUACUCAGCAACUCGCCCGAUGAUCUCGAUCAGGAUCUGAAGCAGACGUUCCUAAGCGUCGCGAAAACCUUCUACUACAAGACCUACUUCGAUCAAGAGACAAUAAAUGUCCAUAUCUCCAAAGUAUUGUUCGAGAAUGUAAUCUAG